AUGGAGGCCGACAGUCGCAACUCGUGGACGGUGUUGCGUAAGGAACACCAGAUGAAGGAGGACGGGAGGGUCCUCUGGGAAGACACGGUAUUAUGUUGCAGCAAAGCCGGUCAGUUCAUUUUUGUCGAGUGUUGGCAGCGAGUCGUGGAUAAGAGGGGAGUCGAAUUUAGUCGGAGACGUGAUUCCAAGUGGAAUUUUGUUAUUCAGAGAAAAUACGAGGACGGGAUGUCCUUAGCCGAAAAGGAGUUUGUCAUUUUCGGACAUGUCGGCCGCAUCUGGUACGGCGAGCCAGGAUCGUGGGUGUAUGAUGCCCUGGCAGAUAACGACUUUAUUAUUCGUCCGAGGGACGACGAGCACACGAUUUGGAUUACGGGGAAGCCUGACGCCGGGUCCAAGAGAUUGAUCUAUGUGUAG